AUGGGCGUGUGCGUCUGUGUGCACACGGUCGAGCGCGCGCUGGCGGACGAGGACGCGACGGCGCGACGGACGCGGGCGGCGAUCGCGACGGCGGCGCUCAGGAGUCGAUCGAACGCGACGUUCGUGGAGCUCGCCGCGGACGCGCAAACGUUGGUGAAAUCGAUCGUUACGUACGCUCGAGACGGACGAUGGCGACGGGAUAAGCGCGUGAGAGCGAGCGCGGAGGCGUGCGCGCGAAGAGCGAGCGCGAAGAGCGAGACGUUCCGGGAGACGCUCGUGCUUGGUGCGUCGAGAGCGGUGACCUCGGGGGCGUUCGGGGACGAUGAAUGUGAAAGCUUAAGUCGAAUGGUGUGCUUGGUGCUGGAGGAGGUGGAGAGAGUGGGGGAUGGGAGCGCUGCGACGCGGGCGCUGGAGACGCUCGCGAAGACUCGGGCGAGAGGCGAACGGGCGUUUUCGUCGAAAGCGUUCAGACGGGCGAUUGGGGCGAAGGGGUGUGAGAACGCGCUCGGGCGGUACUUUGAACUCGUUAAGUCGAAUUCGACUGCGAGUCCGGUGGUGUGCUCGCUGGUGAGCGACGCGUAUGCCGUCGCAAGAUUGACAUCGAGUGACGCGGGAUCAACGCGCAAAGAACUGUUAGAGGUGUUUUGCGCGGUCGUUCUUGGUGGCGACGCCAAGGUGGCCAAGGCUGGAAUUACGUGCGAGGCGUUUGCGUCGGUACUGAGUGACAUUUCCGAGGAAGAGACUCGCGAUAUCGUGAUUCCGAAGAUCGUUCGACAGUUGCGUCGAAGCCCGGAAGCCGUUUUACCCUCCGUGCUCGGCUGUUUGAACACUUUGGGCGCGGAUCUGAGUGCGGCGUGCGCGGAAAUCGGGCCAGUCAUCUUACCUUUGGCGAAGCACGCGAAUGAAGAUCGCCGCUCGAUCUCGUUAAAGGUCGUGAACGCGCUUGUGAACAAGUCGUCAGACCCUACGCACUUACGCGAACACGUCUUCAAGCCGUGUGUCGAUGAAUUUUCUACUGGCAAGGCUCCGAAAGAAUGGAACGCCCGCGCUGGACUCUAUGGUGUCGUCGAAUCGUGCGCUUACGUGAGCGAUCGAAAAGUGCGAGAGAGUAUGAGUACAGAGGCAAUUGAUGCGUUAGCCUUGCAGCUCAAGUCCGAAAAGCAACUUGACGCAAAAGCUGUGGGUCUUACCGCGAUGACCGCAUGGCUGGGUCAUGCGAUCGAAUGCCCAGAGUCACUCGUGAUACUAAUCAAAGAAAUUUCGAAGGAUGCGGCAGAGCGUUCCUCAACUUUACAGUGCGUCGCUCGAGCUGUCGGCGCCAAUUCUGUGUUGCCACACGGUUUGUCAAGUGUCAUAGCCAUUUUGACACCGAUAGCUAUCGCGGGUAGUGCUAAACCUGCUCUUCGGAACGAAGGUUUGAGCGCAUUAUCCAUCAUUUUGAGCGUCGCCGCAGUAGACUCUGCGGUAGCGGAGGCAUUGAAGUCGAGCAAAGUGUGGGAAUCUGUUCCUGCGUACUUUGAACUGGCGACGAUGAUACGGUUCGAUGUGGUUAGUGGGCAGAUUCUUUCCGCAACUGCACAGUGCGUGCUUUCCUCUCACGGGUGUCAAGCGACGAAACUUGACUUCGUUGACUCGGCUAUUCAGGCGAUGGCGCUUAUGAGCCUGCAUCCGGACCCGAAGACCAGGGCGAAGGCCAGAGAGGCUGUUAGAGGCGCUGUGGCAGUCGGCCAACCAGCCACUAAGAUGCUCCGAGGACUACAACACUGGCUCGCUCAAGUGGAGUCUGGAGUCUGGGACGCCGCGAACUGGCAAGACAGUGAUGAUGGAGUAUUUCCGUCGCGCUAUGCUGGCGCAACGCUCCUUUCGUACUGUGAGUUUGAUGAAGACUCUCGGGAGGUCAGGCUUUCGGAUGAACUCAUUGGUGAGAUGAUUCUGCUUGCGCACCAUCCCCUAGUCGCCGCCCCAGACGGUAGACGCGCGGGAGCGUGGAACGCACUUUUAGCUAGGCUAGGUGGCACAAUCGAUGUCACCGAAGGUGCGGCCGUUUGCCGCGUCAUUAUGGGCGAACGAGGUUUGAGUAGCACAUCAACGAUGGAGCGCAUUGCUGCUCGAAAAGCUGUCGCCGCACUGGGACGACUAGCCACUGAUGAAGUCCUAAAGACCAUUCUUCCUCACGCGCUGGCUAUGUUAGAUAUUGACGCACAUAAUGGCGUGAGUGAAAAGGAAAUUUUGAUUUUCAACACGGCUCCUGGAUCACUUUCAACCGACCCUGUUGAUAGACCGGCGGCAGCACAGCCGCAACAGCUGAAGAAAGAAUCAGGUGUCGUUUCCUUACGACCAAGCCAAGUUGCAGCAGGUGCGAAGGCCUCAACUAAGCCGUCCACCAAGGUCGUCGAUCCUAGAGAGGCUGCUCGACGCGUACAGCUUGCGGACGAGGAGAGCAUCCGUAUGCGAGUGAAGGAUGUGGCGAACAAGUUGGUGGAUGGUUUGGAGAUCUUGACUGCGGUUUUGGAGGGUCUUGGCCACCGUGCGAGAGAUCAUGUGUGUGACAUAGCACACGGUAGUGUGUUCCCGCUUUUGGGAUCGAAAAUUGUGCCGCAAACAACGGCACUAAAGGCUGUGGAAGCACUCAUAUACUGCGCCGCCGCGCGAGGUGGUGCUAUGGUACUCUCGUUCCCUCAAGAACGUCAAGCGGAAGCUUUGGCAAUUCGACUGGGCGCUGUGAGUUUGAACGGCGCGCCCAAGCCGAUUGAGAUCGGAUUGAACGGCAAGCCCGUUCCAAUUGACAUGCAUCGGAUUGGGUUUGAGAGGCGCAUUUUGAGCGAUGCACUCGAUUUGGCCCAGGAAGCGCUUGAAGACAACGAUCCACAUCCUCUCCCGGCACCCGUAUUCGGCCUUUUGUUUCCCGUAGUAGCUCACGCGUUACUUCUUCCGGAGGCCCCCAGAGCGUUACGAACCGAGGCACUAGAACUUCUGGCGGCGCACACGGGAGAAGAUGAAGACGGGCAGCCAAUUUUGCACAGACCUGCGGCGACAGUACGUUUGUUGCUGAACACGCUUGCAAACGCGACGCCUGAUUUAGUGAAUUUGGCCAAACCCAUCCUUUCAGACGUGUCGCGUCAUUUGAGGACGGCUGAAGACGUCUUGGCGCUGGUGGACGGUGUUGAAAGUGAGUACCGCGCAGUUAGAGGCGCUUCUCUCUCCGGUUUGACGAGCGCUCCGCUUGAUUUCACAUCGAUGGAUGAGGAAGAUGCCAGUGUCGCCAUUGCAAAGCUAUUCAUUGCGCGUUUCGACACGGAUGAGUCGAACAAGGAGAUCGCUGAAGAAGUAUGGGUGCUCUGUGGUUUAUCUGGGACGACACCGCCAGCUUUAGAUAUUUUACCGUUUCUUACGCAUACGAGUGGCUCCGUGAGAGAGAGCGCGAUUGAGGCGUUCGCAACGAGCGUAGAAGCGCAAGAAAAUGGCAUGUCGACUUCUCUUCCUAAACUUUUUGGCAUGUUCAACGCAUGUACUAGCGCGCCUGGACGAGAGACUCUCAUCAAAGGACUUGGCGCGUGCACGCCGAGUCUGAUCGCGCGCGAUCUUCCGCUCGUGUCCACUUUUCUCACGAAAGUCCUCUCUGAUGAAGAUUCUGGCGUGAGAAGUGCGGCGGUGGAAACAGGUCGUACGAUGAUUGAUGCGCACGGCGCAGAACACACUCAACAGUUGCUCGCAGUCUACGAAGCUUACUUCGAUAGAGGAGGAAGCAGGGGGACGUUGACAGAAGAGGCUGAGGAUCAGGUUCGUCAAGGCGUCGUGGUAUUCCUGGGCGCUCUCGCAGUGCACUUGGACAAGGAAGACGAAAAGGUUCGCGCCAUCUUGACCCGGCUGCUUGAAGUCUUGAGCACCCCCUCUGAAGCCGUGCAACGAUCGGUAGCGGACUGUUUACCGCCAUUGAUGAAGAUGCUGAGUGUAGAAGAGCAAAAGGCUUUGGUCGACGCACUGUUACAGCAACUCACCAUGAGCGAUGCGUACGCCGAUCGUAGAGGCGCCGCAUUCGGAUUAGCCGGCGCCGUAAAAGGCAUCGGGAUGAUUAGUCUCAAAGGAAUGAACAUCAUGGACGCUUUGAAAGUAGCUAUCGAGGAUAAGAAGAAUCCAGCGUGUAGGGAAGGGGCGGUGAUGGCCUUUGAGUUGUUCUGCACACGACUCGGAAGACUCUUUGAACCGUACAUUGUUAGUAUUUUGCCGAUGCUCCUGGUCUGUUUUGGUGACGUUACGGCGCCAGUUCGUGAGGCAACGCAAGCUGCGGCGAGAGCCAUCAUGGCGAAUCUGUCCGCACAAGGUGUCAAACUCGUCUUGCCGGCGCUUCUUUGCGGCGUGGAUGAUGACAAGUGGCGCACAAAGCAAGGCUCGGUGCAACUUCUCGGCGCCAUGUCGAGUUGCGCUCCGAAACAGCUGGGCGCUUGUCUUCCGCAAAUCGUCCCUCGGCUGAGCAAAGCGCUCAUCGACACACACCCGAAAGUCGUCGAUGCCGCGGCAGAUGCCCUGAAAGCCGUUGGAGACGUUAUCCGCAACCCCGAGAUCAUCGCACUGAGUAACUACUUACUCAACGCCAUUCAAGAUCCUACCAAGAAGACGAGACCGUGCUUGGAUGUGUUACUCGAAACUACCUUCGUGAAUGUUGUCGAUGCGCCAUCUCUUGCACUCAUUCUCCCAGUGUUGAUUCGCGGUCUGCGUGAGCCGAAAGCGGAUAUGAAGAAGAAGGCGGCAAAGAUUGCUGGAAACUUGAGUUCUCUCGUGGAGGAUCCAAAGGACAUGACCCCUUACAUUCCAAUGCUCGUGCCUGAGCUAAAGAAGGCUCUCGUCGAUCCGAUUCCUGAAGUUCGAGGCAUUGCCGCACAAGCACUCGCGGGUUUGAUGAAGGGAUUAGGCGAAGAGUACUUCGAUGAUUUACUUCCUUGGAUGAUGAGUGCGAUGCAAAGCGAUGGUUCAAGCGUGGAACGUGCUGGCGCUGCCCAAGGUUUAUCUGAGUGUUUAGCCGUUUUGAGUGACGAACAUUUCGAUGCUCUGUUCCCGGAGAUUCUUGCAGGUUGCUCUCACGCAUCUAUGGCGGUACGAGAGGGUCACUUGACUUUGCUCAAGUUCUUACCUAUUUCGCUUGGCCAACUCUUCGAGGCACAUCUGGUCGAUGCGUUGGCGUGCGUUCUGGAGGGUUUGGCUGAUGAAGAUGAACCGGUGCGCGAUGCCGCUUUGAACGCCGGUAGAGUUUUCGUGGAGGAGUUUUCACACAGCGGUAGUUCGUUGGAUCUCAUCUUGCCUGCCAUCGAAGAUGGCAUCAUUGCGAGCAACUGGCGCAUAAGAAAUGCCUCUGUGGAGCUUCUCGGCUCGAUGUUGUUCCGUAUCAUCGGAUCUAGUGGAAAAGUGCGCGCCGAGGGUGGUGACGAUGCCGAUGGUGUUUCCACCGAAGCACAGGGCCAGAUGCUGAGUGCGACUCUCGGUCAAGGGCGUCACCAUAGCUUACUGGCCGCCGUGUACAUUCUUCGAUCAGACGGUACUCUUGUGGUCAGAAAUGCCGCAGUUCACAUCUGGAAGACUGUCGUUGCUAACACACCAAAGACUCUUAGAUCCAUCGUACCACUGCUCAUGCAACGCGUGAUAUCGCUGCUUGCAAGUAGCACGGAUGAGCAUAAGCAAAUGGCGAGCCGAUGCCUCGGCGACGUGGUGCGAAAAUUGGGCGAGCGCGUCCUUCUGUCUGUUUUGCCCAUCAUUCAGGACGGGUUGAAAAGCGAAAUCCCUGAGCAUCGUGAAGGCGUCGCCUUGGGGUUGGCCGAAGUAUUGCUUUCCUCCACGGAUAGCCAACUUGAGGAGCAUUACGAUGUGAUCAUUCCAAUCGUCAGGGAUGCGCUGUGCGACGAAGACGAAACCGUACGAGAAGCUGCGGGCUUGGCGUUUGAUAAGCUGUUUGCGCACGGAGGUGGACAAGCCGCGGGCCAAAUCGUGCCAGCGCUUUUGGAUCAGCUCAACAGCAGUCAACUUGCUCUUGAAGGCCUGAAGCAAGUUUUGAAGGCACAACCAAACAUUCUCGCAAACGUGCUUCCGAGCUUGGCUCGUCCUCCUUUGACGACGUCUACCGCUCACACUCUUGGCGCUCUGGCCGAGGUCGCCGGUACCGCACUCCCACCGCACCUUCCUCUAUUGGUACCUCCACUUCUCGAAGCAAUGGCUGAGGACGACGAGGAAAGUCGCGCUGCCGCGAAUGCCGCGGCUUUGUCUGUCAUUAAAUCCGUUCCAGAAAAUUCGUCGCACUUGCUCUUAGCAGAGAUCAAGCGCAGUAUGACACACGAUCACGCCGGUUGUCGCGCGGCGGCGGCAAAGCUAUCCGGCGAGUACGCGAAAAAUGCGCCUGGAUAUGACGAGGGUUCGGAAACAGAAGCACUCAUAAAAAAGUUGUUUGAGAUGUUCAACGACUCGGACGAAGUCGUGCUCGUCGCAGCUUGGACAGCAUUGGGAGACGUCACUGGAACUAUACACAAGGCAGAGUUACCUGAUUACGUUGAGUGUGUGUCCAGGUGCCUGACCCUCGCCCGCGACAAAGCGCGCCGGGCGCACAAGUCGUCGCACGAGUGUCUCAUUCCGGCGUUGUGUCUACCGAAGGGUCUCGCACCAAUCGUUCAAAUUUUCCUGCAAGGCAUUCUUACAGCUGGAAGCGCCGACGCUCGAGAAACGGCGACAAAAACUCUCUCCUUGGCCGUCUCGAGCACGACGCCAGAAGCUUUAAAAGCUCACAUCAUCGCUAUUACUGGUCCCCUCAUUCGUGUGGUUGGUGACAAGCAUCCUAGCUCUGUGAAGAGCGCUAUUGUCGAGUCUCUCGGAGUUCUCAUCCGAAAGGGAGGCGUUGCUUUGAAACCUUUCGUGCCGCAGCUACAAACCACUUUUGUGAAGUGCCUCACCGACGUAAAUAUGAACGUUAGAAUGAAGGCGGCUAGCGCGAUCGGACUACUCAUGAUGUUCCAAAGCCGCGUGGAUGCGCUCGUGAACGAUUUGAUCAGCACGGUUGAGUCUGAUGCAACUGAACCGAGCAUCCGUGAAUCGACCUUCAAAGCCAUUGCAGGGGUGUUUGCGUACGGUGGAAAGAAUAUUACCGCACCUAACGUCACCCGAGCUAUCGAGGUGGCCUUAAGUGCUCUUAGCUCUGCGUCUUCCGGGGAGCGAGCUUGCGCGGCACUCGCGCUCUCCCGAGCAUUCGCGUGGAGCUCCAUUGAGGAGAGGACCGAGACACUUGAAAAGCUCUCGAGUGAAGAUAGUACGGUCGAGCAUCGUGAAGCUGCGGCGAACGCGUUGUGUCAUCUUUCGCGAGCAAACGGGAACUUGAUCAUUGAAAAUCACGCUUCCGUCACACUCAAUGCGCUCGUGCGCGCGGCGAGUGAUGAUCGUGCGCCGAGCCGAGCCUCUGCUGCCCGAGGUUUGGGAUCGCUCAUCGCGACGACGGCAUCUUUGGGGAAAGCGUCGCAGUAUCUCGGCAAGCUCAUGCCCGUAUUGAGCAAACUCCUUCGAGACGCGGUCAUUGAGGUUCGAUUCGCCGGGGUCCGGGCGAUUCGUGUCAUUUUACACGCAGCUGGUUCUUCAGAGGUAUCAAAGCAUUUUGAGGCAUUCAUGAGUGUCCUCGCAGAGGUCGCGGUAGCAGACAAAUCGUCAGACGUACGUCACCAGGCUGAACGCGCGGUGUUCAGAGCGUUCAACUUACAAAAUGGUAUGGAUGAGGCCUUGCAGCACUUGCGAGCGGGUGGUAGCGCCAACGGCGCGCGUGGACGCCUCUCCGAUAUAGUGCUCCGGCAGCUCGCGGCGCUACCAGAUAACUCAGACGACGACGCAGAUACACCGGUCGAGUUGGACUUACAAUCGUAG